UUUGAAAGCCCCGAGCGAGGGAAUGGCGACCAUGGCGGAGGGCGCCAGGGUUCGCAAUCGCCACCAGCAGGUGAUGGAGACUGUGCGAUCGGCGCGCUCCAGGUUUGAGGCGUGGGAGCGAUCUUGCGAGAAGCGCAUGGACGAGCUCCAGGAGAUGUCGAGAUCUGUGAGCCGCGGCGGCCACGAGGAAUCGGAGCAGCUCAAGCAGCAUUUGCGUGAGAUUAGCGAGCAAAAAAUUCACAAAGAAAAAGAAAUUACUGCCCGGAAGCAGCAACACGAGACCUUGAAGAAGAUGAUCGAGCAAGCAAACGAGAAGAAGAUCUACCUUGCAAAACGCUUGGAGUUGCUGAAAGAACGACGAGAAGGUUGUGCUCACGUCGCUGAAGAAUCCUUAAAAGAUCUGGAGGAGCGUGUGCGUCGCGUACAGCAGAAAGUAAAUGCACAGAAGAUCGCUCGCAAGUUUUACAACGACAUUCUUGGCAUCCGUGCAGACUUCGCGAGCGGGAUCAAGAUCACCUUCACCAAAGUGAAUGCAAAGAACCCGGAUCACGAAUACUCGUGCACAAUCCGUCUAGACAAGCACACCAACAAAUACGCCAUGCUGGACUGCGUCCCUUACGUGAAGAGAAGCGUCGAUCUACUCGACGACCUCAACAUCACCAACGAGUUCUUCGAGUUCCUGCGUUUGAUGCGGCGGGAAUUCGAGCGGCUGGCCGAGGAAUCCGACGCUCGCAGCAAAGCAGUGGCGGAGUGGUGCUCGAGCCAGCUCCAGACUGUUCAAACCAAAACCAUAGCUUGAAAGAAAAAAGAGAAAAAAGGACGAGGUGCGAAUAUUCCCUGCUAA